AUACAGGCCCUUUCUGACCUGCACCUCGAGUUCGGGCAGCAGUACUCCUCAUACAGCUUCCCCACGACAGCGCCUUAUCUGCUCCUAGGGGGAGACGUAGGGCGGUUGAUCGACUACGAUGGGUACCUAGGUUUCAUGGAGAAGCAGGCUUCCCGGUUUGAGAGGGUGUUUUUGGUGCUUGGCAAUCACGAAUUUUACGGCCUGGACUACAAAGCUGGGGUUGAGACGGCCAGACAUCUCGUAUCUGAGGCUUCUCUUGCUGGCAGGGUUGUUCUGCUACAUCGAACCAGAUGGGAUGAUCCCAAGUCUGAGUUUACGAUACUUGGUUGCACGAUGUGGUCUGCAAUUCCACAACAAGCGUAUGAUGUUGUGCAAUCCAAGGUCAAGGACUUUAAAAACAUCAUCGGAUGGAGCGUCGAAAAGCACAACACUCUUCACGCAGAAGAGCACCUCUGGCUCCGCGAGCAAGUCGCACAGGCAAGCACAAAACAGCUACUAGUGGCGACGCACCACGCGCCACAGGUCGAGGGCACGUCAAGGCCGCAGCACGUCGGGAACCCGUGGACGUGCGCGUUUGCUACCGACUUGAUG